CAGUUUUGGCUUCUCAAGACUUUGAUGAAAAAGAAAAUCAAGGUGAUGAAGAACAUGGCUUCUGAGUGCCUAACAGCCUUGUCCCAUAAAUUGUUGACAUUGCAAGAUGUGGUUGUUGAUUUCACCCAAGAGGAAUGGAGCUUGUUGGAUCCUGCUGAGAAGGACCUUUUCUGGGAUGUGAUGCUUGAAAAUUAUGAGAACUUUGUCUCCCUUGCAUCUUUCCAAAAGUUUCCUUAUGAACAAGGACUUCCAGACUCCAAACGACUUCUGAUUUCUCAGUUGGAAAGAGGAGAAGCUCCUUGGUUGCCAGUGGGAGAAGUGUUAAAAGGCAUUUAUUUGGAUUUUCUUCCUGAACACAAUACAUUUGGAUUGAAAUACAAUCUGGGGUCAAUCCUUACUACACAACAGAAAAUUCCUGAAAAAAAUUGUGUCCAUGAACAUGACAAUCUUGGAAAAAGUUUCAAUUUGUUUUCAGAACAAAAUAGAGUCUCCUUAAGAGAAAAACUAUCUCAUCAUAAUAAAUAUAAAAAGCCCUUCAUUUACCACUCAAAAUGUAUGUGUUACCCUAGGACAUAUCUUCAAGGAAAGUUCUCUAAAGAUGCUGAAGUUGGCAAAGACUUAAGCAUCAAUUCACAGGUUCCUGAACCUCAAAGUAUAGGUAGUAGUGAAGAGAAAAUUUUUGAAUGUAAUGAACAUGAAAAAGCUGGCCACAGUAAACAAUACCUAACUGCACAUCAAACAACCCAUGUUGGAGAGAAGCCCCAUAAAUGCAAAGAAUGUGAAAAAGUCUUUAGCUCCUGGAUAAAUCUUUUUUUACAUAAGAAAAUUCAUAGUGGAGAGAAAGCUCACUUAGGUAAUGAAGGUGGCAAAGCCUUUAAGCAGAAACGACACCUUAGAGCCCAUAAGAUGAUUUAUGCAAGACAGAAGCAUUAUGAAUGCAAUGUGUGUUUGAAAGUCUUCAGUAAUAAACACUACUUAGACCAACAUAAAAAAAUCCAUACUAACAGUACACUCUAUAAAUGUAAUCAUUGUGGGAAAGCUUUCUGCCAGGAAUCACACUUUAUUAAACAUAAGUUAAUUCAUACUAAAGAAAGACCAUUUGAAUGUAAUGAUUGUGGAAAAGCUUUCAGCAAUAAACACUAUCUAAGCAAACAUCAAAAAAUUCAUAUUGGAGUCAAACCUUUCAAAUGUAAUGAAUGUGGAAAGGCAUUCAGCAGUAAUAGCUACCUAAUUCAACAUAAAAAAAUUCAUACUGGAGUGAAACCCUUCAAAUGUAAUCAAUGUGGGAAAGGUUUUAUGAGUAAUAGCUACCUAAUUCAACAUCAAAGAAUCCAUGCUGGAGGGAAGCCCUAUAAAUGUUAUGAAUGUGGGAAAGCCUUCAGCAGUAAUAGCUAUCUAAUACAGCAUCAGAGAAUUCAUACAGGUGAGAAACUGUAUAAAUGUAAUGAGUGUGGAAAAACUUUCAUCAGUAAUAAACAAUUAUCUCAACACAAAAGAAUCCAUACUGGAGAGAAGCCGUAUAGCUGUAAUGAAUGUGGAAAAACCUUCAGGCAGAUGGGACAUGUUGAAACACAUAAAAAGAUUCAUACAGGUGAGAAGCCUUUUGAAUGUAAUGAAUGUGGGAAAGCCUUCAUCAGUAAUCAACAGCUAUCUCGACAUCAAAGAAUUCACAUUGGGGGGAAACCCUAUAAGUGUAAUGAAUGUGGAAAAGCAUUCAGUAGUAAUAGCUACUUAACUCUACAUCAAAGAAUCCAUCCUGGAGGGAAGCCUUAUAAAUGUGAUGAAUGUGGCAAAGUUUUCAUUAGUAAUAAUAAUCUAAUUCAGCAUCAAAAAAUCCAUCCUGGAGAAAAUCCUUAUAAAUGUAAUGAAUGUGAGAAAUUCUUCAGCAGUAAUAGCUACCUAAUUCAACAUAAAAGAAUUCAUACUGGAGAGAAACCCUAUAAAUGUAAUGAAUGUGGGAAAGCUUUCAUCUGUAAUAGCUACCUAAUUCAACAUCAAAGAAUCCAUAGUGGAGGGAAGGCCUAUACAUGUAAUGAAUGUGGAAAAGCCUUUAGUAGUCAUCAAAAGCUUACUCUUCAUCAAAGAAUCCAUACUGGGGAGAAACCUUAUAAAUGUAAUACAUGUGGCAAAGCCUUCAACAGUAAUAGCUAUCUCAUUGAACAUCAAAGAAUCCAUACUGGAGAGAAACCCUAUAAAUGUAAGGAAUGUGGGAAAGCUUUCAGACAAAGUUCAUCACUUAUGCAGCAUCAGAAAAUUCAUACUGGAGAGAAACCCUAUAAUUGUAAUGAAUGUGGGAAGGCCUUCAGGCAAAGUUCAUCACUUAUGCAACAUCAGGUAAUUCAUACUGGGGAGAAACCUUAUAAAUGUAAUGAGUGUGGGAAAGCAUUCAACAAUAAUCAAAAUUUAUCACGACACCAAAGAACUCAUACUGGAGAGAAGCCCUAUAAAUGUAAUAAAUGUGGGAAAGCCUUUAGCAGUAAUAGCUACCUAACUCAGCAUCAAAGAAUCCAUACUGGGGAAAAGCCCUAUAAAUGUAAUGCAUGUUGGAAAGCCUUUAGCAGUAAUCAAAAACUCUCAAGACAUCAAAGAGUUCACACGGGAGAAAAACCCUAUAAAUGUAACGAAUGUGGGAAAGCUUUCUGUUCCAAUUCUAGAUUUCAAACGCAUAAGACAAUUCAUUCUGGAGAGAGACCUGUUUAAAUAUAAUGAAUGCAGGAGAGGCUUUAGGGUUAAUACUCAUGCAGUAUGAACUGAAGCCAUAUUGGAAAGAAAUCUUAAGAAAUAAAAUGAAUGUGUGAAAGCUUUCUGCACAAUAAGAAAACCCAAGGCCCAUGAGAAACAUUUUAAGUGUAAUGAUUAUAGAAAACUUGAUUGAAAUCUUAAAAGAAUGUGGCAGUGCUCCCAAAGGCACAUGAAUUUACUGACUAAUGUAAGUUUUCAUAUAUGCCACAAUUGUUAUACAUCAGAGUUUUCAAACUGAAAAUACAUUCUGAAUAAAGAAUGUGUGCAAAAUGUCAAGUGAAAAUACACUUUAUACUGUUAAAUAUAAUGAAUGUUAGAAAGCAUUCAGGCUGGAUCUUUGUACAUAUAUUGUAGAGAAUUAAAUUUUUUUUUCCAGAGACCUUCAAUUAAAGACCUUAGAAUCUGAUAAUACUGAUAAGAUUCUUUAUGAAUAAAAUUCUCAGUUCCUGAGAGAAUUAAUACUAAAGAUUAACUGUGCAUUUAAUAUAAUGGAAUGAUGAUUUGAAAAAAUUAUGUAAAAUCAUAAAAUUUCAGAGUUAGAGGGGACCUUAGAGAAUAUCUAGUUUAAAUUUUGUUUGAAAAAGGUUGCCCCAUAUACUAUACAAAUCUUUACUCAGUCUCUGUUCUUUAAUAAGGAGGAACCUUCUGGGUUCCUGAAGGAAUCUGCUCCAUAGCUUUUGCUUCUUAACUGAAAUUGAAAGGUAAACACAUUGGUUGGGGCCUGUGAGCUAUAGUUUUAGGAGUUCAAGAUUUCUAUAGAGUACCUAGAACCUGGGAUUAUUGAUCCCACAUACAGAUUCACCUACAGGUGCAUUCUUUCCCAGCUCCAAAUCUGUGAUGCUAUGAUAAAGGAAUGAGAGAUGCACAUCUACUGCAAUGAUUUGUAUUUUGUUUUCAACCUGGCCCUAUUCUAUUUUUCCUAUUGCAUUCUAUGGCUCAUCUAUCCUGAUCUGUUUAUUGUUUGUUAAACACAAUCUUUCAUCUUCUCUCUUUGCUUUUGCACUGACCACUCUCAUACUGGAACAUUUUCCCUCUUGGCUUCCUAAGCUCCUUUUAAUCUUGGGUUCAAAUGCUUCCAUCUGAGGAAUUCAACUUCUGGUGCCUUUCUCCCAAAAUUACCUUCUGUUAACUAUAUCUUGUGGCCACCUUUAAAGAUACCUAUAUUCUUUAUUAGAAUGUAAGCUCUUUGGAGGCAGAAAUUGUUUUUUAAAUUCUUUUUGUAUCUUUAGAACUCAGUACAGUGCUUAGUAUAUAGCAAGAGCUUAAUAAAUGUUUACUGAUUCAUUCAUUGAUUAUUGUUCCAGGGGAGAAGGGUCUUUGCCUAGUGGGAAGAUCAGGGAAGAAAUGCACAGAGGACUUUGCAUUUGUACUGAGUUAGAAAGAAUAGCAGAAGUUUGAAGGGAACAAAAAUUAAGUACCUGCUAUGGGAUUACUUACAUACACACACACACACACAUAUAAAAUCUAAUUUAUCACCACAUUAACACUAAAUUAAAUGAUAUCCUUACUUUACAGGUGAGGAAACUGAGGUAGAUAGAGAUGAAGUGACUUACUCAGCCACACAGCCGGUUAGGAUCUGAGGCAGAUCUUCCCUUCAGGACCAGGAAACUGCAUCAUCUAUUUGCCUCUAGUAAGAUAGGCAAGAUAGUCGGGUAGAGAUGGCAAUGGAAAGGGCAUUAUAGACUUAUGAAGCAAUUUGAACAAAGUCAUAGGGGCAGGGCAACACAAAUGUUUUAGCACGGAUUAUGCUCAAAUUUGGCUAGAGCUUAGCACAUGUGUAGAGAUAAUAUAUACAUGGGGAGUGUACUGUGUACUACUAGUGGAGCUUUGAAUUGGUUCAGUCAUUUUGGAAAGUCAUUUUGAUUUUUGCUUAAAACGUUACUAAAAUAUGAAGGUCUUUAAUUCCUGUUGUAUUAUUUCUAGGCUUAUCCCUCAAAAAAAAUUAAGAUAAAGGAAAAGUUCUGCAUGUAUGAAAAAUGUUUCGAGCAGCUCUUUUCAGGAUAGUCAAAAUGUUGAGACUAAGGGAAUGAUCUGCUGGGGAAUGGCUAAGUAAACUGAUAUGUGAAUGUAAUAGAAUAAUUGUAUCAUAAGAAAUGAGGAAAUGGAGAGUUUCAGGGAAACCUGGGAAGAGUUUUGUGAACUGAAACAGAGCUAGAUCAGUUUACACAAAAACAUUACAGAGAAAAACAACUCUGAGAAAGUUAAGAACCAAGAGUCCAAAAGAAUAUGGAUAAAAUGUGAUUUCCUUUUUGACAGAGAGGUGAUGAAUUUAAAAGAUAGAAAAAGACAUACUUUUUUUUCUUGGCCAAUGUGGGAAUUUUUUCCCUGGAUUUUGUGCAGCUAUGUAUUGAAGGCUUUAAAAAUUAUUUUUAUUUGUUUAGUGAAAAGAGGGGAAAUGGAGGGACAGUUUAAUUUUUAAAGAAAAAAAACAAAGGCUAUUUAUGCUAUGAUCCACCAUAUUUACUUCAUUUUUUAAAAAAGGUAAUUUUUUUCAAUUAACAAUUAUCUAUCUUUGUCUCUCACCUCUCCACAAUCUACUGGAGAAAACAAACCUGCAACAAAUAUGUGGUCAAGGAACACAAAUUCUCAACAUUAACCAAAUCCAAAAACAUAUGUCUCAAUAAAUAAUCAGUUCAUCACUUCUCUAUGAAAAAGUGGAUAACAUUCUAAAUCAUUUAGUUUCUGACGUCAUGUUUGCUCAUUUAACUGUUCUUAAAGCCUUUUAAACAUCAUUUAUUUUUAUAAUUUGCUAUAACAUGUAUUAUUCUCCUGGUCCUGCUGAAAUCACAUUUAUUUCUUUUUUUUUUAAAUUUAAAUUUUAUUUUAUUUAAUAAUAACUUUGUAUUGACAGAAUCCAUGCCAGGAUAAUUUUUUACAACAUUAUCCCUUGCACUCGUUUAUGUUUCGUUUUUUCCCCUCCCUCCCUCCCUCCACCCUCCCCCCCCCAAGAUGGCAAGCAGUCCUAUAUAUGUUAAGUAUUUUGCAGUAUAUCCUAGAUACAAUACAUAUUUGCAGAACCGAACAGUUCUCCUGUUGCACAGGGAGAAUUGGAUUCAGAAGGUAAAAAUAACUCGGGAAGAAAAUAAAAAAUGCAAAUAGUUCACAUUCGUUUCCCAGUGUUCCUUCUUUGGGUGUAGCUGUUUCUGUCCAUCAUUUAUCCAUUGAAACUCAGUUAGGUCUCUUUGUCAUAGAAAUCCACUUCCAUCAGAAUACAUCCUCAUACAAUAUCGUUGUCGAAGUGUAUAAUGAUCUCCUGGUUCUGCUCAUCUCACUUAGCAUCAGUCCAUGUAGGUCUCUCCAAGCCUCUCUGUAUUCAUCCUGCUGGUCAUUCCUUACAGAGCAAUAAUAUUCCAUAACAUUCAUAUACCACAAUUUACCCAGCCAUUCUCCAAUUGAUGGGCAUCCAUUCAUUUUCCAGUUUCUAGCCACUACAAACAGGGCUGCCACAAACAUUUUGGCACAUACAGGUCCCUUUCCCUUUUUUAGUAUCUCUUUGGGGUAUAAGCCCAAUAGAAACACUGCUGGAUCAAAGGGUAUGCACAGUUUGAUAACUUUUUGGGCAUAAUUCCAGAUUGUUCUCCAGAAUGGUUGGAUUAGUUCACAACUCCACCAACAAUGCAUCAGUGUCCCCGUUUUCCCGCAUCCCCUCCACCAUUCAUCAUUAUUUUUUCCUGUCAUCUUAGCCAAUCUGACAGGUGUGUACUGGUAUCUCAGAGUUGUCUUAAUUUGCAUUUCUCUGAUCAAUAGUGGAAAUCACAUUUAUUUCAGUAUAAUUUAUUGCUUUGCAGUAUUGCUCUGACUUAAAACUCAAGCAUUGAAACACAUGGCUAAAGAGAAAUGGUAAAGAUACCUUGCAUUAUUUUGCUACUAACUUUUUCCCCAAAAUAAUGCCCUAUUGAGUUAGGAUUGAUAUUGCUAAUAUUGUUGUGAACAAAUAGGGAGUGUUUAUUGAAAAUUAUUAAGUGCACAGGAUUUAAAGUAGCCUUCAUUUUUAUUUUUAAGCUGCUGUUUUAUUAAAUCACAUGUGAAACCUAGAAUUUAAGUAGAGGACUGCACUUGGUAAUUCUUCACAUAGACAAAUAGUAAUUCUGUCUUGUUAGGAUUAGUAUUCUCUGCUGAAAUGUGAUGUACUCUACAUACUUGGCCAAGUUUCUGCAUAACUGACACAUGUCAAAUGAAAUUUUUGGAGGAGUGUUUUCUAGACAAUACUUUUAGUAAUCUUAUAUUGUGGGAAGACUUUCCAUUUAUAAGAGACAUCAGUUUUUGCAUGUGGUGCUGAAAAGUGUAAGGGUCCCCAGAAAUGAGUGGCUUGGAAUUGAGAUUUUAGGUUAUUUCCAGCUGUAUAUCUAGGCAUCUAUGAAAUUUCACCUGAGAAUUGCCCAAUACAUGGAAAAGCUAAGUGUUAUAUGUAUGUAAAGUUACCAUGUGCUAGAGGCAGGAUUGAAAGGCAAAGGCUAAGUCUACAUCCUUUAUGUUAUGAUUCUUGAUAACAAAAGAAGGUCCUAUGUUUGUAGCUUUCUAUUUGAUAAUAGGAAGGAAGGGUAAAUGGUUUAAAUAGCUUGGGCUCAAUAUUGUUUCCAUUAUGUGACUUGUUCUGUUACCUGUUUGGGUAGUCAUCCUAUGAUUAAAUUGUUUAAUGGGGACUGUAGUGAGAGGGAGAGACAAUAAAUUAUUUUAAAAGUAAAUAAACAUUUUUAAAAUAAUAUUUUGGUGGUACUUUGUUUCUUUGUUUUGUACAGUCGUUUGUGGGCUCCUGUGAAUACAUUGCAUAUUUUGUAUUUUCUAGAGACCUGUCACAGUCCCUCCCACUGCUAGUGCCUUCCCACUAAGAUUACCUUUCAUCCACAAGGUAUAAAUCUUGUAUUUCUAUUGUCAUUUGCUUGUUCUUUUCCCUAUUAGAUGAUGAGUUCCUUAAAAGCAAGUAAUGUGUCUUUGCCUUUCUUUGUAUCCCCAAUGCUUAGUGCUGUGCUUGUUACAGAAUGAAUAUCUCUUAAAUGUUUGUUGCUGACUGAAAUAAAAGCUGUUUUGUACCAAUA